CUUACCUGUUCACAAGUUGGUGCGUUGUAUUCGACGUCAACAAAUAAACAGAAAUCAUGUCGAUGAGCAAGCAGGAAUCCCUAAAUAUUAAUCAAUUACCAGUUGAAGUCUUAUCAAAGAUAUUCAGUUACCUGAAGGUCCGACACCGUAAAAUUUCGUCGCUCGUUUGUAUCAAAUGGCGAAAUGCCACACGAUGUCCCUCGUUUUAUCGCACUUUACGUCUCCACAAGGGCCUGUACAUCGAUGAACCGCCAUUAUCGCUCUUCCAGAACAGUUACCAUCCCUUUUCCGUCAUAAUCUUCGAAGAUAUCGACGAAUUCACUCAAGACAUCUCCGAAUUUUGGAAAGUUGUCACAGAUUCCGUGCGAGAAUUGCAUUUUAUGUCAUGCGAAGGUCUCAAUGCCGAAGUUUUAAGCAUGUUACUCACCCACUUACCGAAUGUCCGCAAAAUAAAAGUCACCGGCACGAAUUCUCUGAGCUCCUGCAAACUCGAACGGGACUUUGAAAACGUAAAAAUCCUCGAUUUGAAAGAUACGGAGAUGCCGGCGUGGUAUAUCGAACCUCUGGCGCAGUCUUUUCCGAACUUAAGGGAACUAAAUCUCGGCAGUUACACGUAUGACGGCUGGGAUGCGCACGAAGAGCACUUGUUGAAUGUCUCUCCAACAGCCACGAACACGCCAUUCGGUGAUUGGGUCAAGAAUUUGUGCAAAUUAGCACCGAAAGUUACCCUUACCUACGAUUACGAGGUCGUGAUGCGAACGGAAACGAUCCUCAAGGAAUUUUUGGAAGUCGAAAAUUUAGAAAUCCGGUCUUUAAACAUCAAAAUCGAGGGAUUAUCGAUCCAAAUGUUGCAGAAAUUCAUCGAAAAGAAGGGAAAAAAUUUGCAACGCUUCGAAAUUCCGGAUGCGCACUUGUUAAAAAUUGAACAUUUAGCUUUGUUGAACAAAAAUUGCGUCAAUUUACGAGAAAUUAGUUUGAGAUUCGAAGAAGAAACAAAAGUUCCUGUGCUAGAACAUCUCGCCAACUUGACAAAAUUGGAGAAAAUCGCAAUUCACGGUCCAGAAGCGGAAGAAUUCGAAUAUGUGCUGACGACAAAACCGUUGGAAUUCAAAAAUUUGCGAACUUUGGUGAUAUUUAAUGCAAAAAUCGAAGGUGAUCUCAAGAAUUUCCAAUGUUUGGUUGAAUCUUUCCCCUUUUUGACGGAAUUGAGCUUAGCGGACUGCAUUAUUACACCGGAAGCACUUCAAAUUAUUUAUGAAACUUGCAAAUCUCUGGAAAGUCUUCAUUUGGAGUGUAAUGAGCAAAUAACGGACAACGGACUGUUCAAUGGAAAAUCCUCGGUUAACGAUCUAAAGUUGCUGGAAUCGCUAAAUUUGAACGGAUGUGUGAACAUUACGAACCAAUCUCUGAAGAAAUUCAAGUUUAAAGAGCUUUUUCGACUCGGAUUGCGAGAUGUGACGUCAGUGGGUCUUGAUGGCAUCACGGAAUUGUGUCGAAAUUGUCCCACAAUUAAUCAGCUGGACCUCAACGGCUGUUCGAGCAUCAAUGACGAAUGUGUCAAAGUCAUCACAAAAUCCUUGCCACACUUGCUGGACAUUGAUUUGUCACGAACGGCCAUCACGGCAAAGAGUUUGGAAUUUAUCGCCGAUAAUUGUUUGGAUAUUAAAAAUGUUGAUAUCUCGUAUGAGCCGCCAGGGGACUCGCGGGCUGUGGAAAAAUUACUUCAAAAGAGAAUUUUGCAUUUUUUGUCUGCCUUAGCUUUGAAUAAUAUCAGUGAACGUUUGGUCAUUCCCGGUGAACUUGAACUUUGAAUAUUAAAAAAUUAAAUUUUUUUAAA